AUGUCUACCGCAAUACUACCAGCAACGACCUUCGCGCCGGCACGCGAGCUACCACGUAAUACAGUAAUUGAGGACGUACCGCAAGUAUCGCUACGACGCGCAGCGCCGCAGAAACUGCAGGAUCGUGCGAACAUCAUAUCGCCCAUGAGCGAUGACUUUCCGACGCCGAAGGCAAUGCCCCCUUACCUGCCACAUCAGACUGUACCCCAAAGCCCGUCGAGCUCUGACACAACCUCGGACGAUGACUCCCUAUGGAGUCGACAGAGCUCACACUCUGAUUUCGAUGAGCUAUACGAUAUAAGCGAGAGUGGCGAGAGUGAGAUUGAUGAACUUCCCAUCAAGCUUUCUGCGUCCGUCAAGAAGCGAGCCAACGCCCCGAGACGCAAUCGCUACCCCUCUAUGGCAAUCCCGUCUCCGAGUGAGUGGCCGACCAUCGAAAAGCUCCAAUCGGCAACGCAAGGCGUACAGCCCGUCUACUCCAAGUUUUCACCGGCCGUCUUGUCACGGCUGCAAGAGCAGUCUGAAGCAAGUACCUCGUCUGCCCCUUCCCUAGAUGGCAGCCUUACCUCCGAGGAUCUUGGGGCCAGCUGUCCGCCGACUCCUGACAUUCAGCGUCAGGGUGAGGCUGAUGGCUGGGAAGCACCGGCCCAACUCGAUCCGCAUGCCCUGUUGCUUCUGCGGCAGAUUCACCCGGACCAUGCGGAAGAGCAGCUCGAGACUGUCGUCGAAGUGCCUGCGAAGGCGGUGAUGGAGAUGACAGAGGUCUUGGAGUCACCCCCCAUUACGGGACGGCUUCUCAGCCUCGACACGAAGAACCUCAUGCCGCCGAUGUCGGUCAAGAAAGAGAACGGGGUUAGUGACGACGCGGACGACGAGCUCUCUGCUCUUUCAAUACCAUCUCCGGGCGGCUUCUUCGCGUCCCUGGACUCAUCGAUUCGCAGGACGUGGGAUGGGAGCGAGCCGGUCCCAACGACGGGCAUAGCGUCAGCAUUCUAUGGUGUGCCAUUUCGACAGGAACAAGCUCCACCUCUCCCAACCAGUACAGCCGCCCGCUUCUAUGGCGUACCAUGGCGCUCACGCCCAGACGAUGCGGUCGAGCACACCGUCCCCAUGGCGUCGCCAAAGAGCCAGAAGAGUCCAGUCACUGCUCGCAAGAUCGCCUUCUCACCUCAGAGCGUGGAGGCGGACGUCGAUGAGAUCGACGAGAGCUACAAUGCUGUGCUCCAAGAGACCGCCACAGCGAACAUUGACCGGACGCAGCUAUGGCUCAGUGCACAGACGGACUACAUGAAGACUGUUUGCGAGGACGAUGAACUCAUCGCCAGCUUCAAGGAUAUUGAGGAUGUUGUACCGAGAACGCCUGUCGAACCUACCCCGGCUGUCUCUGACUUGUCGCCCAGCAAGAAGUCUGUUCGCUUCGCAGAUACCACGCCAGAGCCACAGACUGGCUUCCACGCCGAACCAUCCAAGCGCAUCUCGCCGAUCCAUGAUGGCACGUUCUGGCAAGGCUGGCGCCAUCAGAAGCGCUCCCAGCGGGCUCGCGAUGUGUUCCAACACCGCCAGGCUCGUGCGGAAGCUGAGCACGUGAGGCGGACUAGCAUGUCGUCGCAGCAUGUGGGUCAGCUGCAAGGCAAAUACGAGAUCAACGUGCCAGACCGUCCAGCGCCUCCAAGGCCAAUCUCGUCCUUGAUGCAGGCUUCGAGUGAGGAUGAGAAGAAGGAAGUCAUUGCUCAAGCUGAGCGGGAGAGGCAAGCUUUGGAGCAGAUGCAGUCCUCAGCAUGGACGCUGUCGGCGUACAAAGAAGUGAACGGUGGCCGCUUGUUGACGAGCCCCAUCGUAUCUUCUUUCAAGGUGCUCAACGAUGUCAAGAUACUCGACCUAUCCGGACAAGUGCACUGCAGCUGGGCUUGGACUGUCGCAGCUGAGCAUCCCGACGCACAAGUCUUUACUACCGUGUCAUCGGAUGCUGAAGCUCACGUCGCCAUGUCAGCCCUUGACGGUCCACGCAAUCAUCAUGUCUUCGCGGCUGCAAAACCGUGGGAGCUGCCAUUCGAGGACAACACUUUCGACGUCAUCUCCGCUCGCAACCUGUACGCCAAUCUUAAGACAACGUGGCCCAAGGGUCAGGCAGCGGACGAGUGGGACCUCACUCUCCGCGAAUGCCUUCGCGUCCUGAAGCGAGGCGGCUACCUCGAGUUUGACCUGCUCGAUGCGGAGCUCGUGCACCCUGAUCAAGCGAGUCAAGCCUUGGGCGUUGAGUUCGCUUUCAACCUCAAGACCCGUGGCUACGAUCCAUCAGCCGGGAAGAGCUUCCUUCCUCGCCUCAAGCGAGCAGGCUUCGGCGACAUCAAGCGUGCCUGGAUGAUAUUGCCAGUCGCUGACGUCUUGCCCAAGUGGACCGACUCUGGCAAGACGCCCAGCUCCAACUCGAGUGCUGCAACUCGUACUAUCAGUCCUGAGGGUCAGGUUGACUACUAUGAGCCACCAGUUACUGGCAGUACACGCGAUGUUCGAGCCAUGACCGGCAUUGUUGGUGCGCGCAUGUGGGAGCAGUGGAUGCUCAAGGUUAAUACUGAGAUGGGACGUCCAGAUGGCAAGUGCUUGGAAGGUGUCGCAAAGGCACUGGAGGAGGCUGGUAAGGGCAAUGCUGGGUGGAAGUGUCUCGUUGGCUGGGCGAGAAACUUCAUGUUGAAUUGCACCCCUACUCUUGACACUUACACCCGACGGUUGAACAUUGUGCACUUCUGUGCCCGAUCAGACGUAUACGGCGACAAGAUGCUCUUCUUCAGCUUCUUCAAGACGCUUGUCAAUCAAGAAGUCACUGUCGAGCUUAAGAAUGACAUCUCAAUCCGAGGCACGCUGAAAAGCGUAGACCAAUACCUGAACAUUAAGCUUGACGACAUCUCUGUUGUGGAGGAAAUGAAAUACCCGCACUUGAGCUCAGUCAAGAAUGUGUUCAUCCGAGGCAGCGUAGUGCGCUAUGUGCACCUACCUGCUGCCGCUGUGGACACGCCGCUAUUGGAGGAUGCUACACGAAGAGGUGAGGCCACAGGACCACACUAUACCCUUUCCCGUCUGCCCUUCGUAACACUAACUUGUCAACAGAAGCACAGCAAACAGCAGCUAAGGCCAAGGCGGGCGGUUGAGCGGUAUACCAACGGGAGACAUCACUCUUAA